AUGCUUAGUCCUAUAACUGGUUAUGCUCAAGAACCUGUUCUGCCGCUUACUGAUGCAUGUUACCCAUUGGUCAACAUUAUUGAUAACAUAUCAACAUAUGCCUCGGUUGCUUUGGAAGAAACUCCAAAUAUUCCAGCUGAUGGACUAACUCGUGAUGAAUCAGCUUCAAUUCGUCUCUACACAAUGGAGUGGACUGAUGGACAGCGCAGUCUCUAUAUAGUUCUUAAUGAGACUCUCAAAGUAGCUGAUCGCAACAAAUUACGACCAUGGUUCAAAUACAUAAAACUUUUUCUUUCUGCAUUGGUCAAAAUUCCAUGCGCGCCACCGCAGACUAUCUGGCGUGGAGUUCGACGGAAUGUUAGUAAAGAAUUUCCACAUGGUAUGCAAGUGACAUGGUGGUCUUUUUCAUCAUGCACAACAACACUUACUGUGUUAGAGAACGAAGUAUAUUUGGGCACCAAAGGAGAAAGAACUCUAUUUUCCAUUGAAGUCUUCAAUGGUAGAAAUAUACGUGCUCAUUCACAUUUUGAUAAUGAGGAUGAAGUGUUAAUGCUUCCGGGAACUUAUAUGAAAGUACAUUCACAAAUGAAAUCAGCACCUGAUCUUUAUAUUAUUCAUUUGAAACAGGAAAUGCCAAAGACAAUGUUGAUUGAACCACCAUUCGAAGCUGUUUUACAAAAUAAAGUUCAUAACGAAGGUUUAGUCGAUGCAAAACCUGUACCUGGAUUUCAAGGCCAAAAUGGACCAGCGAUUGGUUCAUGGUUUCGCGCAAACAAUAGUGAAGAUGGAAGUAAUGGACGGAGCUGGUGCGGUUACAAUUAUUACGAUACUGACAAUGGCUUUGCACCAGACAUUUUAGUGAUGUGUGAAGGUAAUCCAUGCACAUAUUAUUCUAGUCCAGAUAAUUGGAGAAAAUAUGGUGAACAAUAUUGUGGUCUCGAGGCAGAAGUAACAAAUAUCAGAACGGGAUUGACUAGAAAGAUUUAUAUUAGUGAUGCAUUCGCGCAUGAGUGGGUGGAAAAACCAGGAUCCAUCAAUCUUAUGGUAGAAUCGUUUAAACAACUUGCUGGAUUCGUUCCAUCGAAUAAAACUCAAAUUAUUAAAGUUCUUUGGAAGCUUACCGGAAAACGUAAUAAUUACUAUGCUUUCAAGGGAUAG